CCGCGAGAAAGUAUUCACGAAACGGACAGAUUGUAUACGGUUAAUUGGAACUUAACUUACUGCGUGUUUUUCUCGUUAUCUCCGUUAUCCGAUGUAGUAUGUAGUUUGCGUAUUUUUCGCGGCUGGUGCGUGUUGCGGUGAACGUCCGGCGUGCGCAAGAAAGGGCUAGUUUGCCGGCGACGCGUGCGUUCAACGAAAUAUUUUUCACGCCAUCUAGCAGUAGCUGCAUCUAUCGUUCAAAAUUGAAGCGCUCUCUAGUAGGUUUUGUCAUAAUUCCGAUGGAACCUUUUCCCAAUCGCACAAUCAAUUUGAAAGAAACACCAUCGUUCAAUACGUAAUAUACGUAUAUAUUGAAGUAUUGUUUCCUUUUUUUUUUUUUCCAAUAAAUACGAAUACAACGGUGACAGCAUGCCGCCACAGUUAGCGAAGCAAAAGCAUGCGAGAUAUUUCCAGAGGUUAUUGCAAAUCAUGCCCAAUUCAUGCUCAGCAGAAUUCGACUGCUCUAGACUUGCGGUAGCCUUUUUUGCUAUAUCAGGAUUAGAUAUAUUGAACUGCCUGAAUGAUCUCGGCGAGGAGAUGAAACUCGAUGCGAUAAACUGGAUCUAUAGGCUUCAAGUGACUGGUGCUGGGCCACGUUCUGGUUUUCAGCCUUCGACAACAAUACCAAAGGAUACUCCAAAAUAUCAAUGUGGUCAUUUGGCAAUGACAUACAUCGGAUUAGUUACUCUUCUAAUUCUCGGUGAUGAUUUGAGUCGAGUUGACAAGAAAUCCAUCAUUGAGGGAAUGCGAGCUUGUCAGAAUCCUGAUGGGUCAUUUACAGCUGUCAUAACAGGAUGUGAAAGUGACAUGAGAUUUCUUUAUUGUGCCUGUUGCAUAUCUAUAAUUUUAAAUGAUUGGUCAGGCAUCGACAAGACAAAAGCAAUUGACUACAUUCUGAGGAGCAUUUCAUAUGAUGGAGCAAUGGGCCAAGGACCUGGUCUUGAGUCGCAUGGAGGAUCCACAUUUUGUGCAGUAGCUAGUCUAUUUCUCAUGAAUGAGCUUCACAAUGUACUGACAAGUGAUCAGUUAAAUAAACUAAAGAGAUGGUGUCUCAUGAGACAAGACAGCGGCUUUCACGGACGACCCGGAAAAUCUUCUGAUACUUGUUACAGUUUCUGGGUGGGCGCGACUCUGCAAAUGCUUGAUGUUAACAAAUUAUCAGAUCCAGAAGAAAAUAGGGCAUUCCUGCUUGAAACUCAAGAUAAUGUUGUAGGAGGAUUUGGAAAGUUUGCUGAUUGUCUGCCAGAUCCCCUUCAUACUUACCUAGGUCUAUGCGGUUUAAGCCUCUUAGGAGAGACUGGUUUAUGCAUAAUGAAUGCUGCCCUUAACAUUUCUGACCGAGCAUACAAACAUUUAUUAAAAAUACAUGAAGUAUGGUAAUGCAGUUAACAAUCUUAUAAAGUAUUUGCAACAACUGAAUAUCAUAUCAAACGCACAGAGUUAAAAUACAAAGGAAAACUAAUGUUUUUUGCAUCUUAUUAUGGAUCCUAUUUGUACAGUUCUCACAGAUUCUCUGUGCCUAGAACCGUUAUUCUAAAAGCGUCAAUUAACGAGAAUGUUAUGAUUUUGAGGUAUGUUAUCGACUGUUCUGUUUCAAUGAAGACACUUGUUGAACACGUAUCCAAAGCGCAUACUGGAUAUAAGAGGAGACCCAAUAGCAUAAUUUAAAUGCAUCUUAAAAUGUCAUUUGCGUAUAUAUAAAUUUUAAAAAUUCUAAUAAAAACAAAACAAAAAAUA